AUGGCACCUUCGGAAUACGGCAUUCGCCUGCAGAAAGGCAUUACUGGAGGCUUUGCACCACCAACUCCCACGGCAAUUUACCAGCUUUAUAAGGAAUCUGAAGGCUCCAGCAUCAAAGUUUCCAAAAGUGAAAGAGAAGAUGGGACGCCGUCUUUGGGGGCUGCUCUUGAAAAAUCACUCGACGCAUCGGACGAGGCUUUGGACCUGGUGGAUGAGCUGUACAAUAUUCUCAAAGAACUACCAAUUGAACAGCCAGCGGGGUCGGAGGAUAUAUACGGACACGAUACCUCCAUUGCCUGGUUUGACAAUGACUUUCAAUGGCUGAAUGGCAGCCAUAGUGGAGUACAGGGUGGUUCGAGUUAUGUUCAGGCAUCGGCGGACCAGAAGAAGCUUUUUGAGAGGGCUAUCGAGAUUGUUCAAUCCUUGGUUGAUAUGGCAGAGUAA